AUGAAGCGGAAGCAAAGAGAGUCCGUAAACGAUGCAAAGAAGGAGCAAGAGACCUCACAUGUGACAAAACAAGCAAAAACGUCUGGAACGAGUCCACAUGAUAGUGAAGAAGUUGUUGAAGAGCUGAAUAAGAUUGAUGUACAAAGUUUCUUGCUGAGAGAUUGUCAGGCAUUAUCUAAAAAACUGGUGGAACAAGCUAAGUUACAAGCAGAUGAGCUACGACAAGAGCUAGAGAAAGGCAAAAAAGUGCUAUUGGAUGCACUGGAAGCAGAAAAAGAGAAGAUUGAAAAAGGUGACAAUGUCAUUCCGAGGGCAUUUGCAAUUGCGGUUCGAUGUAUUACUGGAUUGUAUUGUGGAAAGAGGUUCUCUAUGGAUAUUGACGUGAAACGGCAUUCGUCGUGCUUUAUCGGCCGUUCUACCGGUCGAAAAUUCCGCCCACCUCGCGGCUUGAGUUUGUCAAAGGACUCGGAGCUUUCAACAUCGCAUGGAGAGAUAAAAAUGGAACCGACAGGCAAGAUAUUCUUCAUUGACUUGGACAGUACGAAUGGCACUCGUAUUAACGAUGUAGAUCUGGUGGCCUGUGAACCAUAUGAGCUUAUGCUUAGCAAACCUAUUAAAGUAGAGGUCGGUGCUGGCGAGUAUGAGUUUAUAUUUGAGCAGAAAUUAUGA